AUGAGCAGGUGGUUCAGAUCUGCCGUAAAGGCAGCACCUACAAUGGUUGGAGAAGACGAGGAACAGCAUCUAAGAGACGUCGAGGCUGCGAUGUUGAAAUUGUUGAACGAUGAUAUCGAUGAAGCAGACAAAUUAUUGAAGAAAAACGAUUCUUCAUACCAUCAUUUAGGAAGAGGAAUAUCUGGAUUCUUAUCUGCGAUGAUGGGAGUAGAGAAGGAUUUACUCAAGGAAGCUGCAGUAAUCUUACUAGAAGCCGAGAACAAAAGUUGGGAGGAUAUGAAGAAAGCUCAAAAGGAAUCCACGGCUUUCCAAUCAAAUAUAUACCCACAGGGUACAGAGUAUCUGUUGUGUUAUUCUGUGGCUCAAUUGACGAGUGCGAUCACUGCCGUUCUCAGCGGAAGUAUCACAGAAGCAGUCAAGGGUUUUUACAAAUUGAGAAAGGCAUAUCUCACACUGGAUGGGAUAUUGGAGAUAGAAAACAAAUACUUGGAGAAGAUGGCGAGUUCGAAUUCGAGUACGACUUCACUCACUUCUAGACCUCCGAGCCGAAAGAGUACUGUGCCAGCAGUUACAGUGGAUGACAUUGCACAUCAAACGGCAAAUCUCUCUGUAGGAGACCUCGAUGAAAAGAUGGACGAAAACAAUGCUUCAUUUCCGGACGUCUCGAGACCACCUUCACCUCCCUCGGUUACGAACCCCUAUGAUAUCGACCCGGCGCUUGCAGAAAAAGUAUUCACCAACCGAACAGAUAUUUUUAUUCAUUCUGGAGUUCGAUUGUGUUGCGGCCUUUUACUUCUUGUUUUCUCUAUGAUUGAAAAUCCAAUUUUCAACAAAAUAUUGUACAUUGUCGGAUUCAAAGGGGAUCGAGAACGUGGAACCAGACUCCUAUGGCAAGCGACAAGAUAUCAAAAUUUCAACAGUGCCAUUGCUGCUCUUGCCUUACUUGGAUAUUAUAAUGGAUUGGUUGGAUUCUGUGAUAUUCUGCCCACCGAUGCAGGAGCUGACGAAAAUCUUACGGGAUAUCCACAAAAGAAAUGCCAGGCGCUUCUAGCUGAAAUGAAAGCUCGACACCCUGAUUCUAGGUUGUGGAAACUAGAGGAAGCUCGCAUGUUAUCUUAUAACCAAGAUUUGAAAGGUGCCCUUGAAAUUCUGGAAGAGAACUCUAAGAGUAAGAUGAAACAAAUUGCUAUGAUCAAUACAUUUGAGAUGGCUCUUACUACCUUAUUCUUCCACGAAUAUCAAAAAUCGGCGACGGCAUGGAUCAACUGCAGCGAGCAGAGUGCUUGGAGUCCAACGUUAUACCACUACAUGGCUGGUGCUUCAUACGUCGAACUCUAUCGCAAUACCCGAGUCAGUGAUCCUACAGCAGCUAAGAUUCAUAAGAAAAAAGCUACCGAAUUUCUCAUGAAAGCUCCACCUCUAGCAGGUAAACAAAAAGUGAUGGCUAAGCAACUUCCAUUCGAUAUCUACAUAGUAAGCAAAGUGGGUAAAUGGGAACAAAGAGCUAAAACAUGGAAUGUAGAUCUUAUAGAUGCAAUUGGACCGAGUCCUUUUGUUGAAAUGAUAUACUUCUGGAAUGGAGUUAAGAAGAGUGGAAAUGUGGAGUUGCAGAAAUGCUUAGAUCUUCUCGAGGAGACGAGAAUGACUUGUGCGGAGAAAUGUAAUGAGGAUGAGGAUGAUGGGGCUAUUCAUCUUUUGCUACGUGGAUGUGUGAUGAGAAAUAUGGGGAGGUAUGAGGAGGCGAGAAAGAUCUUGACAGGGGGAAUUGUGGAUUCUGAAAGGCAUGCACGUGGCGCUCUUAGAGAUGACUGGACUCUUCCUUCCGCCUACUACGAAUUAGCAUGUUGCUCCUGGCACGAAAAAGAUUUGUCCCCAGCGGGAGAUACAGUUUCGGAAGGGAAGGUUUCCGAUGGAAAAUUAAUAGAGUAUCGGAAGGAAAAAGUACUCGAUUGUGAAGAGAAACUACUCAAGUUGCAUAGCUGGCCACAAACGUAUGUUUUUGAGGCGAGGAUGAGCUUCAAGAUUAGUACUAGUCUGCUUACAGUCAGACGAGAGAGGGGAUUGAGUGGCCUUUAA